CAUCUGUUCUUUUCUUUCCUUCAAAGUCAAAUCAAAAGACUGAAAUCGAAAUAAUAUUGCUUACAAAAAAUCUGAAAAUAAAUAACAUUGAAAUAUGAAUUCGCAUAACAUAUUUCGCGCCUGUAAUAAAUUAUUACCGCCUCUAUUCACUAGAGGUAUCGGUACUUAUAAAAUUAUCAAACGUCCUGAUCCGAAAACUUUGAAAAUGCCGGCACCAGGAACUGCACCCAAAAUAAUGGAUAUUAUAAAGGAAAAGAUUCGUUUGAAUGGUCCUAUGACUGUCGCGGAGUAUAUGCACAUUGUUAUAACGAAUCCUACUGAGGGAUAUUACUUGAAGAAAGAGGUUAUAGGAGGUGCGGGUGACUUCAUAACAUCACCCGAAAUUACUCAGCUAUUUGGUGAGAUUCUUGGUAUUUGGUUCUAUUCAGAGACCCAGAAGAUGGGACCUGGCAAGCCUCUGCAGAUUGUUGAACUGGGACCUGGAAAAGCGACUCUUUUGGUUGAUAUGUUAAGGGUACUCAGCCGUGUGGGAUACGAUGCAACCAACCUUAGCCUCCACUUGGUUGAGAUUUCGGAGACGAUGCAGAUGCUUCAGGCAACCCGACUGUGUAUAUCACACAGACCUACAGAAUUAGACUCACCUUAUCAUUAUGAAGGUGAAACAGUAAGUGGAAUGAAAGUGUACUGGUACAAUGAUCUAAAAAAGGUCCCCAACAACUUUUCCUGGUACAUCGCACAUGAGUUCUUUGACGUUAUGCCUAUACACAAGUUUGAGAAAACAGAAAACGGUUGGCGAGAAGUCCUAAUAGACUUAGAUUCAGUAGGCAAACUGCGGUACAGGAUAUCUGCCGAGGAGACCAGCGCAGUGAAGACCCUCAUCAGGCCGCCGCUGGAGACCGGCGCGCGCACUCACGCGGAGGUCAGCGGCCGGGCGCUGGGCCUCGCGCGCCAGCUGGCUCAGAGGGUCGACGAGUUCGGUGGAAUAGCGUUGAUUGCUGAUUAUGGACAUGAAGGCGAGAAGGGAGAUACGUUUAGGGCUUUCCAUAAGCACAAAGUGGUAGACCCGUUAGAAGACCCCGGCGCCAGCGACCUGACGGCCGACGUGGAUUUUAAGCAGCUGCGGAUAGCGGCCUCCAGGACGCCCACGGCUGAGAACUACGCCAUCGUCAUGGGGCCUGUCAAGCAGAUGGAUUUCCUGAAGAGGUGUCAAGCUGAACUCAGGUUGCAGGUCUUACUCAAUCACGCCAAGACAGAAGAAGCCAAAGAAUUGCUCAAGAGUGCGUACGAGAUGUUAGUAGACCCGAAGAAGAUGGGCGACAGGUUUAAGUUCAUGGCCUACUACCCCUCCACGAUGGGGUCCAUCCUGGAGAAAUACCCACCGCUGGGCUUCUCAACUGCACCGCCUCCCGAGUCAUAGUUAUAAUAAAUAUGAUUUAAUGCCGACACGACAUUAACGCCGAACGCCGACGCGAAUGCGUGUACAGUACAGUCGACAGCACAUCAACCUACCCGAAUUAAUUGCGAACUCUUCGCUAUUACCGCGCCAUAGGGUUUCAUGCAGCGCAACUCGAUGUGUUGUUGACUGUACAUUGCGUUUAUAUAAGUGUUUCUAUAGGUCAAUUCGAAUUCUAGCGCCACAAUCACAUUUUUACCAAUUUAUUUUAAUCUAUCUAGUGUAUCAUAGUCAUACCUGUGGUAUUUAUUUAGUUUCGGCAAAUUAAUAUAAAUAAAUUGAUGAAAAUUCGAUAGUGGCGCUAGUGAGCAGGGAGCUCCCUCAAGGUGCCAUUACACUUAAGGCUUGGACAACCAUUAGCGAAGUGCAUGCUUGCAUUUCACUUCUCACCGUAGAAUCGAAGUGAAUCGCUGCGGAUCAAUCACAAUGCAGUGUGGUUGUCGUUGCGUCACAAUGGCGCAAUGUGAUUAGUUCAUUGCGUCUCAUUUCGAAUCGAUUGGAUGGUAAGAAGUGAAAUGCAAACCCGCACUUCGCCCACCAGAGCAGUAAUAGAAUGAGUACUCGUUCGCUUGGUGUAACUCAGCCUUUACAAUAUACCUUUCAUCAAGUUGCUAGUGUUGUAAAAAGUCGAUAGAUUUUCUAUGGAUGGUCGACCAUGAAAAUUAACAUCGAGGUUCUAGAUGAGUUUUUCAAAGACGAUUAUCUAGUGCUGAUAGAUAAUCGUAAUUCUGAUGUUUCUCGUAUCAUUAGCAGUUUUCUGAGCGAAAGGUGAGUGGAAUGUCGGUCCUUAGGAGACAUGUGAUGAUCAUAAAGUGUACGGUAUAGUUAUAACUUGGUUGUUUAAAGAAAAAGGCAAUGUCGCUCCUAUUUAUAUAUCAGGAAUCACGCAUGUAUUAGUGAAAACCGCUGACACAGACGCCGCGGAGGACCUUGUUUUAUAUUAUGUAAAGAUUUUGUAUGAAACUAUCGAUAUGAGGCAAAACAAUCGAUAGUUUUGCCUCAUCCUGACGUAUUGAUAAUUUUUCGUUAUCGAUUCUUUCAGACUAUCAAUAGCCAUUGACUAUUAUCAUCUAGCAACAAUUAUAAAGUGUAAUAGUGACAAAACAUAAUUAGCGUUUUAUAAUAUUUGCCAUUGACAGAAAGAGACAAAAACAUACUGUAGCUGUAGUCGUAAAAGUCAUGUCAGAUGCCUUUGGGCGACAUGAAUAAAAUCUGACCCGAAUUAACGCAAUAGAAAAGAGAAGAGAGAAAAUGCAUGGAGUUCCAACAUCAACCUAAAGUUUCGAAGAUCAUUCUUUGCUAAUAUACUUUAAUUAAACAAUCAAAUUGUAAUUAUUAUUAAUGUUAGUAGUUGAAUUACUUGUUACGAAUAAAUCAAUGUUUUGUUACA